UGGCUGUCCAACAUUCUUUUGUUUUUUCCUUCAAUUCUUAUUUACAUUAUUUUUAUAUACCAAAUCCAACCCUUAUUUCUCUUUUCUCCUCUUCCUCUUCCUCUUCACUAUCAUGUUCAGCCUACACGAGCAGUUGCUCAAGCUACAAGAGGACGAGACAGAGAUAGCGUCCGAUUUUUCAUUUGACGGCAUCGACAGCACCAUAGCCAAGCGCACGCUCAACGGACUGACAGACAAACUAGUAGUCAAUGGCCAAAACAUCAACGACACCGCGACCUUCCACACGCUCAUGUGUUUUGCCCGCGACCUCCCGACCAUCGAUCCCAAGCUGGUCGCGCGCGGCCUUGACAUGCUCGUGACGGCAUUUGAGAACGAGAUAAAGCAGGUGUCCAUUGUGCUGUCGACGCCGGGCCAGGACCCGACGCAGCACGCGGAGUCGCUUGACCGCUAUGCCUUUUUGUUUCAGUGGAUUGUUGAGCGCGGAGAGUCUGUGGCUUCGCAGUCCAGGGCAGCUAGCGGCGCAGAAAAGACCAAGGGGAGGAAGCGCCGGCCGACGGUUGCUGGCGGCAGUGGCAACACGGGGGCUGCCGGCAGCGGGGGCAGCACUGUUGCAGAGAUCGUUCCUGGGUGGAAGGACAAGGUCCUGGAUAUGUAUAUUCUGCUGCAGCAACUCUUGCAGCUGCCACUGGGUCGUAUAUGGAACUCCGUCCCCGAGCGCGACACGUUCAUCGGGGUAUUCACGCGCAUCGCACACAAGGUUAUGGAGAAUCUGGCGUAUACCAAGGACGGUGAGUUCAUGGGCGCGCUGUUUACCUCCCUGUGCCUUGUGCUACAGAACUACAACGGACUCUACGGGCUGGUCACCAUGAUUACGCAGAAUCUCCAGCACUACGAGCACCUUAGCGAGUCCAUGGCUGUGCUUGUCCAGUUGGCGUACGAGAAGCACGAAGGCGCGCAGUUGGCCGACGAGGUGCUGCGCGAUAUUGCCGGCAAGGCGUUUAACAGCAUGCACGAUAAGGCCGGGCCCAAGAACGCCGCCCGCUUCCUGAUCAAGUUCUCGCAGCUGGCGCCGCGCGCGCUCCUACGCCAAAUGGGCCUGCUUAUCCGCCACCUGGACUCCGAGGCCCACAUUAUGCGCUCCGCCAUGGUCGACGUCAUCGGCCACCUGACCCUGCACUUAGCCUCCCAGGACGAACAGACCGAUAUUGUGAAGAACCAGAUCAACGAGUACUUUGACAUCAUCGAGCAGAGAUUCCAGGACGCCCACUACUUGGUCCGCGCCAAGGUCAUGCAAGUGUGUCAGUUCGUAUGCAGUGGCCCGGCAAAGUUCCCCAAGCGCCGCCCAAGGCUGCUCGCCCUGGUCAUUGGCCGCCUGGAGGAUAAGGCCACGAAUGUGCGCAAGCACGCGAUACGCGCAUUGACUGUUUUGCUCGAGUCGCAUCCGUUUUCGCUGGACGGAGCAGAGCUCGGCAUUGAGCAGCUGGAGGUCAGCUUGGAGAAAAUUACUGAUGAGCUGGCGCAGAUGGCCAAGGCAACGCCCACACAGCUGCAGCCGAAGACGUCUGAAGUUUCCGCGAAGAAGCUGCCCAAGGACAUUGACAGUGACGUCGAGGACGACGAGGAGGAGGAGGAAGAGGAGGGGGAGGGUGCUGAUGCAGAGGGUGCCGCUGCUGGUCAAGCCGACAAGGGCAGAGAGUUUGACAACGCGGGCCUGUCGCCUGAAAUGGCAGCAAAGGCCAUGCACCUGCAGUUCCAGCAGCGGUACUACCGCGACGCGCUGUACUUUGUCUACCAGCUCAAGAGGCCCAGCCCGUUCUCCUCCAGCUCCUCGGAUCCACAAACAAGGGCGAGGUCAUGGAAGCCAUGGACUUUUUUGUCGCGGCCGUCCGCUUCCGCGUCGACGGCGCGCAAGAGGGCAUCCGCCGCAUGUCGCACCUCAUCUGGACGCCAUCCUCAGCCUCGAACAGCGCAUCAGCCUCUAUCAACUCGUCUUCCGAGGGCAACGCAUCGGAGGAAGCCAGGGGCCUGCGCAGCGUCUACGGGUACACCAAACAGAGGCUUCCCCUGGCCCAGCGCCGCGGCGCCAUCAUUAUCCUGGGCAUGUUGGCCCAGGCCAACCGCUCCAUUGUUACCGACGACAUUGACCUGUAUCUGCGCAUUGGACUGGGCGACUACGGGCACGAGGACUUGGCAGUUGCCAAAUACACAUUGCUGGCACGACCGAGGACGAGAUCGGCGAUAUCAUUUCGGCCAUCCGCGAGCGCGAGCUGCUCUUUGGAACCACCAAAUCACUGCUGGCUCUUUUCGGGCCUCUUCUCGUGCAUGUGUCGUUGGCCAAAUUUAUGUGCAUUUCAUCAGCCUUUUGCGAGCAAAAUCUGCCACUCCUGCUGAUCCUGCUGCAGCGCGCCAAGUCCCCAGUCAUCCGGGCGAACAUCUCAAUUGCACUCGGCGACAUCACCGUGUGCUUCAACAAUCUGAUUGGCGAGAACGUGCAGUACCUCUAUGGCCCGCUGCACGAUGCAGACACGAAGGUCAAGAAGACCACGCUGAUGGUGUUGACGCACUUGAUCUCAACGGGAUGGUUAAGGUUAAGGGUCAGCUGGGCGAAAUGGCCAAGUGUCUGGAGGACAAGGAUCCGCGCGUCGCCGAUAUGGCACGCCUCUUCUUCUCCGAGCUCUCGUCAAAGGACAACGCCGUAUACAAUAACCUGCCCGAUAUCAUCUCCAGCCUCAGCAUGGGCACCGGUGCGGUCAACGAGGAUAGCUUUGGGCGAAUCAUGAAGUUCCUCUUUGAAUUCAUCAAGGAGAAGGACAGGCAGACGGAGAACGUCGUGGAGAAGCUCUGCCAAAGAUUCCGCAAUACCACUGAUCCGCGCCAAUGCCGCGACAUCGCAUACUGUAUGGCGCUGUUGCCAUACAAGUCGGAGCGCAGCGUUCGCCGGUUGCUCGAUGGCCUGAGUAGUUACCAGGAUAAGCUGUCGGAGGAUGCGGUGUACAAGUAUUUUGUUGAGAUUGUUGCCAAGAGUCGCUCGCAGUCGGCGCAGAAGCAGGAGAUUAAGGCCUGAUGGAUGAGUAUGAGUCUAAGCUUAAGGAGGCCCGCGCCAGGGCUGUUGGCGAAGACGAAGAUGCUGCGCAGGCCGCGUUAGCUGCCGAAAAGAACGUGGGUGCGCGCUCACAGACAAUGCAGCAGACUGACGCUGAGAUGGAUGAGGAUGAUGAGGAUCUCUAAAAUAAAACAUUUUAACUUUAUAAGACAAACCAAAAUUAUUUAAUUUCUCAUAAAUGUGUAUUUCAAUAUUACUUGUAUUCAAU